AGUCUGUCAACAGGCCAGGGCAGGAAGUGUCGAUGGUGGUAAAAUAUAAAUGUUCUGAUACUUCUGACGAGAGCAUCCACGUUAAGACGCCGAAAAAGGAGAUGACGCAAAACCACAGACCGGAAGUACAGAGUUAUAACUCCAAUAUGGUGACAAAUGAAAUAGAUUGUAUGGAUCGAGAGCUGCUGUCUCUGAAGGAAACCAUGAAUAAGCAAAGUGUGCGCUGUCAUAUGUUGCAAGUAGACCUGGCCACACUCUUCAGUCCUGACAAGCAAGCAGUACUUCGAGCAACAAAAGAGGAUUGCAUUAAGUGUUCAGAAACCCUGCAGACACAUGAAAAUGACCAACUUUCAUCCAUGAUGGAGGCCCAAUGAUAACUCUAGUCAACAUAUCAUCACAUUGUUGUUUUUAAAGGAAAUGAUUUUCUAAAGCCUGAUGUAGUGAAUUAUGUUGUAUAUUAAUUAUUUAUAUCACAUUUUAAUGGUGUUUGUUGAUCAGUAAACAAGGAAGAAUUGCAAUAAAGUUCAAUAUGCAUUGUGUUAUUAAAUAAAAUUCAACGUUUGACAAAUAUAUUUU